CCAGUACAUCAACACUCGACGCUCGUAUCGCGUCGCGUGUGCACACUGCUUUUUUCCAUAUUAUUAUUAUUAUUAAAUAUCUAAAUAAAAAAAAAAAAGUCAAAAAAAAAAUCCCGCGUAAUUUAUUUAUUAUUAUUAUUAUUUAUUUAGUUAUCAAUUCUUCAUACAAAUUACCAAAGAAAUAAUAAAUUUUUUGUUGUGAAAAAAUUUGUACUAUUAAGGCUUUUUUUUUAAUGAUUAUUUGUUAAUUAAUUUAUUAUUAUUUAUCAUUUUGUACUUGAUAAAAUCAAGGUGACGAUAUUGUGAUGACAUGGUUUAAUAUUGACAGUGAUAUCAAAUGAAAAAUUGAAUUAUUUUUAUUGAAAAAAUUUAAAUUAUUUUUUUGGAGUGAUUUUGUGUUUAUUUGAUAAUUUAAAUGAUAAUAAAAAUAGACACUGAAAAACAAAUAUAUGUAUAAUAAAAGGAAGAGAUAAACAAAAACAAAAAAUAAUUUGAUUGUGAGGAGGGCCUUGAAAGUGCCUGAGGAUUUUAAUACUACUUCUUUUUCUACUAGACGUGUCUUCAACUUUAAUUUUUUUUUUUCCUCGUGCUGACUCUUCUCGAGGGUCAUGGUAAGCGGAGUAAUGGCGGGGCAGCAUUACUGCCUACGCUGGAACAACUACCAGUCAAAUAUGACAUCUGUAUUCCAUCAGCUGUUGCAAACUGAGGCCUUUGUUGAUGUCACCCUGGCCUGCAAUGAAGCAUCAUUAAAAGCGCACAAGGUUGUUUUAUCAGCUUGUAGUUCAUAUUUUAAAAAACUACUAUUAUCAAAUCCUUGUAAACAUCCAACAAUAAUAAUGCCACAAGAUGUGUGUUUUAAUGAUUUAAAAUUCAUCAUUGAAUUUGUCUACAAGGGUGAAAUUGAUGUGUCACAGGCGGAACUACAGUCAUUGCUAAAAACAGCUGAUCAAUUAAAAAUAAAAGGAUUGUGUGAAGUACCUGAAAGUAGAGAAGGUUCAGCAUCAGUUAGUCUAAGUUCACCACCACCACCACCACCACCACCAUCAUCAUCAUUACCAACAUCAACAUCAACACAACAACAACAGCAACAAUCAUCACAUGAUUCUUUAGCUACAUCAAGAUUAAAUUUUACAAAAUUAAAACGUCAUCAUACAAAAUAUAAAAGACAACGUACAACACUAGAAACAAAACCAACUUGUGAUUUAAAAAUUUUUGAUAAAUUUAAAGAAGAUAAUAAAGAAGAAGAAGAAGACAAUACAAAUAGUUUUAAUUUUACUAGAGAAAAUAAAGAGAAUCAUCGUAGUGGUGACUGGCAGAGGACAGAUGAUGAAGAGUGUAGUGUCGAGGCAGCAGUAGUCUUGGAAUCCUGCCAACGAGAUACCAACGACGGUAACACAACAAAAAAUAAUAAUAACAAUAACAACGGUGACAUGUUUUGUCACACAGGGCUAGGUCAUUAUGGCCAUCAUCAUCCAGAUCCAGCUGAUGUUGAUUUACCACCUGAAACACAACCAACACCACCAAGUGCAACGCUUGUUGGUACCACCGUGACACAUUUGCGUGAUCCAGAUCAUCAUUCGACUGAUAUACAAAAUUGUGAUACUGUUAAAAUAAAAUUUGAAACAUUACAUACAAUGGAUUCAUCAGAUACAAUUGAUAUUGAUAGUCAUAUGUCUGAUCGUGCAAGUGUUAGUUCAAAGCAUGGUACUGAUAGUGACAAUAUGAUGAUGAUAACACCUGAAUUAUUAGGUUUAAUGCCAUCUGGUUCAGUACAUUCAGAUUCUGGUGAUAAUAAUUCUCGUAUGCAUACUAGUGGUUCUGGACAUCAUGGAUCAAAAUCAUGGACACAAGAAGAUAUGGAUGCAGCAUUAGAAGCAUUAAGAAAUCAUGAUAUGAGUUUAACAAAAGCAUCAGCAACAUUUGGAAUACCAUCAACAACAUUAUGGCAACGUGCACAUAGAUUAGGUAUUGAUACACCAAAAAAAGAUGGACCAACAAAAUCAUGGAGUGAUGAAAGUUUAAAUAAUGCAUUAGAAGCAUUAAGAAGUGGUUCAAUAUCAGCAAAUAAAGCAUCAAAAGCAUAUGGUAUACCAUCAAGUACAUUAUAUAAAAUUGCUAGAAGAGAAGGUAUACGUCUUGCAGCACCAUUUAAUGCAAGUCCAACAACUUGGUCACCAGCUGAUUUAGAUAGAGCACUUGAAGCAAUUAGAUCUGGACAAACAUCUGUACAACGUGCAUCAACUGAAUUUGGUAUACCAACUGGUACAUUAUAUGGAAGAUGUAAAAGAGAAGGUAUUGAAUUAAGUAGAAGUAAUCCAACACCAUGGAGUGAAGAUUCUAUGACUGAAGCACUUGAAGCUGUCAAAAUGGGACACAUGUCAAUAAAUCAAGCAGCAAUACAUUAUAAUUUACCAUAUUCAUCACUUUAUGGACGUUUUAAACGUGGAAAAUAUGAAGAUCAAUCAGUUGUUAAUGACAUGUCACAAGAUGGUUCAAAUUCACAUUUUCAUCAUCAAAGUCCACAUCAAAAUCAUCAUUCAUCAUCACUUCCUGAUCAAAUGCCAUAUCAGGGAAGCUGAAAUUUACCUUUAUAUUAGGCUCUAACACAAUUGAACCUAAUAUAAUUGAACAAAUAACAACAACAACAAUAUUAAUAAUACAAAAUAGAAAAAAAAAUACAAUAAUUAGCCAUCAUCAUGGCUUUUAUUUAAAUUCAACAAUAUAUAUUAUAUUAAUUUCUUACCGAUGACGCGAGAAUUUUUAAUCUUGCAGUAUUAAAAAAAAAAAAACAAACAAAUGAAGCAUUUCAUCGUAUUGAAUUUAAAGAAAAAGUAAUAACUUUUCUAAACAUUCGAUGAUUAUUUAUAAAUAAUGUAAUGAUAAUUAUAAUUAAAUAAUAAUUAUUAAUAAUUAUCGUGAUUAAGAAAAUUUGUACAGGUAGGGCAGCGUUUCCUCGAAGGAAGAUAAGGAUAUUUUUCUUUUUUUUUCAUUAGUAAUUAAUAAUUAUAAUAAUAGUCGAAGGAAAAAAUAUGGAAAUCAUUCAUUCUGACUUUCAAUGUUUUCACAUAUCAUCUAUGCAAAUUGUUGUAGAUGAAUUUGAAAGGAAAAUGAAGCAACAAACAAUUGCAUAAUUUGUUGAACAAAAAAAAGAAGAAAAAAAAAAAUGAAUGAGAUAGAAUAAGUAUUAUAAUAUUUUAUUUUCUAAUGAUUUAUGUUUAUUAGUUUGUCAUUUUUUUUAUUUCAAUUUUGUUUAAUUGGUCUUCCCAAGUGAUUUGUCAUGGAAUGGC